GGAAGCUAGCAAACGACAAGCUGCAGGGAACAGCGUUGCAGGACAACCCUUUUCCACAAAGAGGAAGAAAUUGCUGUGCUCAGGUCCUCACAUUUCAGCAAUGCUUCUGUAAUGCAAGUUCCAGGGGUUUCUCUUUCUGUGAUAAUCUUCUCUAUGGACUCUUCUUGCUGACCUUUGCCCCGGUGUUGGGCACAAAGAGGAAGGAUGCGUACCCCCCUUUUGGCUUUUAGAACAUGGGCACUUGUGUAAAGAUGCAGCUGUGAUCCUCGGCUGUGUGUCUCACCGAAGGGACCUGAUGUUUUACAUUAUUGGUGGGAUCACGGUAUCUGUGGUAGCUUUCUUCUUCACCAUUAAGUUCCUCUUUGAGCUUGCCGCACGUAUAGUCAGCUUCCUUCAGCAUGAGGACCGGGAACGUCGAGGGGAGCGAACUAUUUAUGACUACGUGCGAGGCAACUAUCUGGAUCCCCGGUCCUGCAAAAUCUCCUGGGAUUGGAAGGACCCCUAUGAGGUGGGCCAUAGCAUGGCCUUCCGAGUGCAUUUAUUCUAUAAAAAUGGGCAACCCUUCCCUGCUCACCGGCCUGUGGGGCUGCGAGUUCACAUCUGCCAUGUGGAGCUAGCAAUUGAUAUUCCUGUAACCCAGGAAGUUCUUCAGGAGCCUAAUUCCAAUGUGGUGAAAGUGGCCUUCACUGUGCGCAGGGCUGGGAGAUACGAGAUCACUGUAAAACUUGGUGGCUUGAAUGUGGCCUACAGCCCCUACUACAAGGUGUUCCAACCAGGGAUGGUGGUUCCCUCCAAAACCAAAAUUGUCGGCCAUUUCUCCACUCUGGUGCUGACCUGUGGGCAGCAGCACACUCUGCAGAUAGUUCCCAGAGAUGAGUAUGACAAUCCCACCAGCAAUUCUGUGUCCCUGAUAGAUGAGCACAAUUACAGCGUCUCCAUCCAUGAGCUGGGUCCUCAAGAAGAAGAGAGCUCUGAUGUUGUGUUUGAGAAGUCUGUGGUGUCCAAUCGGCAGACUUGCGAAGUGUUCUUCCGACUCACCUUGCACUGUAGGGGGUGUUUCCACGCCUGCAUCUCCUACCAGAACCAGCCCAUAAGCAAUGGUGAUUUUGACAUCAUUGUUCUAAGUGAGAAUGAAAAGAACAUUGUAGAACGCAAUGUGUCCACCUCAGGUGUCAGUAUUUACUUUGAAGCCUACCUUUAUGAUGCUCCUAGUUAUACCAACAGUCAGUGGCAACUUCCACUAACGCACCUGAGCUCCUCUCAGCGCCGUCCUUCUACUGCAACUGAGGAUGAAGAUGAAGAUUCUCCCUCUGACAGCCAAACCCCUGAGAAAGUGAAGAAACCCAAAAAAGUGUACUGCUAUGUGUCACCUAAGCAAUUCUCAGUGAAAGAAUUCUACCUGAAAAUCAUUCCAUGGCGCCUUUUCACCUUUCGAGUAUGCCCUGGGACAAAGUUUUCAUACCUUGGUCCUGACCCUGUGCACAAAUUACUGACACUGGUGGUGGAUGAUGGGAUCCAACCCCCUGUGGAGCUCAGCUGCAAGGAGAGGAACAUCUUGGCAGCCACUUUCAUUCGCUCCCUGCAUAAAAACAUAGGAGGCUCGGAGACCUUCCAGGACAAAGUGAACUUCUUUCAGCGAGAGCUACGUCAGGUGCAUAUGAAAAGACCUCAUUCGAAGGUCACGCUGAAGGUCAGCCGUCACUGUCUGCUGGAGUCGUCUUUUAAAGCAACACGAAAUUUUUCUGUUUCUGACUGGAGCAAAAACUUUGAAGUGAUUUUUCAGGAUGAAGAAGCUUUGGACUGGGGAGGUCCACGCAGAGAGUGGUUUGAGCUCAUCUGUAAAGCAUUAUUUGAUACCACCAAUCAACUCUUCACCCGCUUUAGUGAUAACAACCAGGCCUUGGUGCAUCCAAAUCCAGGGCGUCCCACAUAUUUACGACUCAAAGUGUAUGAAUUUGCAGGUCGCCUAGUAGGAAAGUGUCUUUAUGAAUCAUCUCUGGGAGGUGCUUACAAACAACUGGUUCGAGCUCGCUUCACUCGAUCCUUCCUGGCUCAGAUCAUAGGACUUCGUAUGCAUUAUAAGUAUUUUGAAACAGAUGACCCAGAAUUCUAUAAAUCCAAAGUUUGUUUCAUACUGAACAAUGAUGUGAGUGAGAUGGAUCUGGUCUUUGCUGAAGAGAAGUAUAGCAAAACAGGACAACUGGAGAAGGUGGUGGAACUGGUGACGGGAGGUGCUCAAGUACCAGUGACCAAUGAAAACAAAAUCUUGUAUCUAAAUCUGCUUGCGCAAUACAGGCUGGCCAAUCAGGUUAGGGAGGAGGUGGAUCACUUCCUGAAAGGCCUUAACGAGUUAGUUCCUGAGAACCUCCUGGCUAUUUUUGAUGAGAAUGAGCUUGAGUUGCUUAUGUGCGGUACUGGAGAUAUCAGCGUCUGUGACUUCAAGGCACAUGCUGUAGUGGUAGGAGGAUCUUGGCACUUCCGUGAGAAGGUCAUGCGGUGGUUUUGGACCGUCGUCUCCAGUUUCACGCAGGAAGAGCUGGCCAGGCUCUUGCAGUUCACAACUGGUUCCUCCCAGCUGCCCCCAGGAGGGUUUGCUGCACUCUGUCCAUCUUUCCAGAUUAUUGCGGCUCCAACUCACAGUACUUUGCCGACAGCCCACACUUGUUUUAACCAGCUGUGCCUCCCUACGUAUGACUCCUAUGAAGAAGUGCACAAGAUGCUGCAGCUAGCUAUCAGCGAGGGUUGUGAGGGCUUUGGCAUGCUGUGAUUUCCCCUUUCCAGGAGACCACUUAGCCUCCUGGCUCUUCGUGGCAAGACCCAGGUUCAGUCCUCUGCUUGAUCUCCUUCCCUUCACGUGGGCAAUGGAGGCAGAGCAAAGAUUCCAUGUAAAGGAAUUUGUCAUCCAGAAGAUGUCACGUGGCCUUUCCGUAUCCCAAAUGUGUCAUCAAGAGCUCAUCUUUUCCCUUUCCCUCAUUCUCCCUUUGAUUCAAUGUGAAACAGCAAAAGGACUGUGGUGCAUUUAUCAAGGAGAUACUGAUUUCCCUGCACCAUGUACACCCGUCCUUCUGUGAGAAGAUGAAGUUCGUAAGCAGAAGUUACAGCGAGGUGCAGGAGGUGUGCUGAGCUGCCGUUAUCGUAGCUCUCUGGGAGGAAGAGGGAAGACCAGCAUGGAGCUCUGCUGGAAGCCUGGCUCACAGGAAGCCUUAGUAAUUUUCCAUGUCUUGGCUCAACUUCCCCAGUGAUGCUCCCCGAUAGCUCA